AUGGCCUCGGCCUUCAGCGCAUACCAUGGUCCUUCUGCCACCGCGUCGCAACAUACCGUCACGGCUUUGGGGCGCUGGUCUGUCCUAAACCAAUCGCUACCUGCUGUUGACAAAAUCAAGGCCAUUCACGUCUACGAUUUCGACAACACCCUUUUCAAGACACCCCUACCGAACCCGCAGCUCUGGAACGGCCCCACGAUUGGAACUUUGUCGAACCAGGAAACUUUCAUCAAUGGCGGUUGGUGGCACGAUAGUCGCAUCCUUGCCUCGACUGGUGAAGGCAUUGAAGUCGAGGAAAAGCGUGCAUGGGAAGGCUGGUGGAAUGAAAAGAUAGUAGACCUCGUCAGGUUAAGCAUGCGACAGAAGGAUGCUCUGUGCGUUCUUCUUACCGGCCGCUCGGAGCGCGGAUUUGCCGACUUGAUAAAGAAAAUGGUAACAGCCAAGGGGCUUGAAUUCGACAUGGCAGGACUCAAACCUGCUGUCAGUCCGACAAACCAAAAGUUUCAGAGCACCAUGCACUUCAAGCAGCUCUUCCUCGGGACCUUGAUGGAGACAUACAAAGAAGCAGACGAGAUUCGCGUAUACGAGGAUCGACCCAAGCAUACCAAAGGCUUCCGCGACUUUUUCGCAGAGUUCAACCGCCAACAGAACAUCACCCCCACACGAGGUCCUAUCACAGCCGAAGUGAUUCAAGUGGCAGAUUGCGCCACUACUCUAGACCCCGUCAUCGAGGUCGCCGAGAUCCAGCACAUGAUCAACAUCCACAACGAGUUGGUCUCCAAGCAGUCCCCACGAACACGCCAGCACCGACUCAGAAUUAAGAAAACUGUGUUCUUCACCGGCUACAUGAUUGGACCAGAGGACACAAAGAAGCUUAUCAAGCUAGCCCAUAUACCCCAGAACAUGCCCCAGCAUGAGCUCAAGUAUCACGGGAACAACAUUCUCAUCUGUCCACGGCCGUGUCCCGCUAGCAUCUUGGAUAAGGUUGGUGGCAUGGGCAGCAAGAUGAAGUGGGAAGCCAUCGGCACAGCUUGCUUCGACAAUAGUAUCUGGGCAGCACAGCUACGUCCCAUUCCCCAGAAUGCCAAGUUUCACACUGACAAUCCCAGUCCGCUCGUCGUAUUGGCUUUGAGGAAAGGAGUCAGGCCUAUGGACGCGGGAAAGAUCCAAGACUGGCAGCCUCUGCCACCAGAGAAAGCCUUCUCUUUUGAGACCGUGGUUGGCGAGAAGGUUAUUUUACGCAUCGAGGCAGAGGAUCCACGAGAAGACGAGUAUGAGAGCUUAUUUGCCAACAAGGCAUCGAAGCGGAAGCAUAACGGUGACGAGGAUUGGGGUCAGAGAAACACGCACAGCCACUACAGUGGGCGCAACGAGUCUCGUGGAUACCACUCAGGGGGUCGGGGAGGUCGAGGUCGAGGAAACCGUGGCCACCGCGGUAACGCCAGAGGUGGUCGUGGAGGCCGUGGCAGAGGAGGCGGCUACAACUACCGAUCUCUUGACGACGUUGAACCCAAGAACCAGCAGGGCGGCUACGGGCCACAGGUGGAUUAUGAUGACACCUACCCGCCGCUCGGCAAAAGCAACAACCCUCCCGCAUCAGCACCUAGCGAUCCCAGCCAAAGCCAAGGUCAAGGUCACUUUGGUGGUCGAAAUCAACAGUCGCACCGAGGCGGUGCUGCCUCACAGGGGCGGCCUAUGGGCAGCCAAGCAGCUAACAACAACUCAGAUUUGCAGAAUUACUAUUAG